AAUUCAAAUAACAAUUUAUGCAGUGUGAUUUUAUUCCAAUGUACACAUUUAAUUACAUUUUUAAAAAAUAAGAUUACAAUUGAUUUCUAUGGAAACGAGUGUAUCUAUGACCGCGCCCCUUGAUUACGUCAUCACGCAAACAGUGCACUUCCUGGUUAGGUCGCAAAUAAUACGUGACAUGUUGUUUAUGGAACGCUGAUCAAUUGCUCGAUUCUUUGGCUCUAGGAAUGAUUCGUUCUGUAUUGCGGCAAAACUGGUUCGUCUCGCUUCGUUUAGUGCUCACCCUCUUCGACUUCCCGCACACAGUCAGCACUUACGGACUUGGGCCUGUCAUCGACUGCUCGGCUGGCCAUCCUUUCAGAAUCCUUCCAGCCAUCGCUCCCAUCCGGUCAAAUUCUCUUUACUCCAAGAGUGUCUGCACAAUGAGCUCUUCAGCACACAUGAAAUCCAGAUGCCCCGAGUACCCUGGAUCCAAAACCAAGCGCUUCCCAGUGAGUGAUUCCCAGGUGGACUGGAGUCAGGGCUUCCAAGGAUAUAAUCCAGUCAACUACACCCAUCCUUCAGUGGAAAAGAAACCAACAUGGGCAGAUCCGGAAAUUGGCUCCUUCAACCCACAAUUUAAUUCUUUGGAUGGUGCUGUGGACAGAAGAAGCUUUGAGGGUUGCUACAAAGUGGAAGAUGGAAAGCCACUAAAUCCUCAUGGACGCACAGGGCUAAUGGGUAGGGGGUUGCUGGGGCGAUGGGGACCCAAUCAUGCCGCAGAUCCCAUUGUCACUAGAUGGAAAGUAGAUGCUAAAGGAGAAAAGAUUCUUCACCAUGUCUCCAAAAAGCCCAUCCUGCAAUUUGUUUCCAUUAAGAGAAAAGAUUGCGGGGAGUGGGCCAUUCCAGGCGGGAUGGUCGAUCCAGGGGAGAAGGUUUCUCUCACUCUUCAGCGCGAGUUUUCGGAAGAGGCAUUAAAUUCGCUGGGAGUAUCGCCAUUAGAGAGAUCUAAAAUUCACGAGCGCAUCACCCAACUCUUUCAAUCCCCUGGUUUCGAGGUCUUUAAAGGAUAUGUCGACGAUCCUAGAAAUACUGAUAAUGCUUGGAUGGAGACAGUUGCGGUUAACUUCCAUGACGAAAAUGGCAACAGUGUGAGCGAGCUGCCGCUGCAAGCUGGCGAUGACGCGGGCCAAGUACAGUGGGUUGAUGUGGACUCGUCCUUCCCACUCUAUGCGAGCCAUUCUCAUUUAUUGGAACUGGUUGCCAAACAGAGGAAAUCCCACUGGUAGACACUGACAAAAAGGAAAUAAUGGUGCAGUGACAUAUUAAAGUGUAUCUUUAUAAUAAAAAACAACUUGAGCCCAUGUUUAGCUAACCUGAUUAAUAAUAUUACAUUUGCCUGUGAAUUACACGCGCACACAGCGCAGUAGCAUCUGAUCCGGGGGACGCUUAACAUGCGACAGCAGACAAGGCCAACGUGAUUUCUGUUGGAGAAAAUUAUGCUAAUAUAUUCAUUGUGUGCAAGGAUCACAUUAACUGAGUGUGCAUGUGUGAGCCAACACAAUUAGCUUCAUUCAUUUAAAUGUGAAAAAAGUAAGAGUGCAGUCGCAGUGAACCUUUGCAGGCUGCUCUUUACAUGUGGAGAAAUGAAUGACGCCAGAACUUUUUAAUCUUUACCAGUACAGUAUAUGAGACAAGUAUGUAGAGUAUAUUAAAGUUAAUCCAAUUGUUUUAAUAGUACAAUCUACAGGGCUUUCUGAAAGUGAAGCCCAAAAUACAUUUCAGGAUGAUACCUUGUGGAAUUUGGAGUCACUGUGUCAUCCUCUUUUUAAUGUUGAUUUAUUAAUAAAACCUAUGUAUACAAGACAAAGAACACUCUUA